AUGGGCCGUACGAUGAAUGAUGAUGUUGAGUCGAACACAGAAAAUGCGCCCUCUAGUUGGCGUGGCUUGACCACUGUCUUCACCUGGACUGUACUAUGCUACGUAUGCAUUAUCUUAACAGUCAUUGGCAUUUUGAACCCGUAUCUUUUGCCUUUUGACUUGCUGUCACUUGUGGUGUUCAACAAAGACAUUUCUCCAUUCUUCGCCUUCUCGCAUGGAUCUGGACUCUUUCCAAAGCCGCAUGGCUUCAAGAUAGUUGCCCUGGUUCCUUUCAACUAUCACGAGCGCACAGCUAUACUAGACUGUUAUUUGCAGAAAAACUUGGUCCAUAACCACGGCUUCCUUGAUCAAGUCGUCUUCAUUCCUCAGACAACCGAUGCAGUUAGCCUGGAUUGGCUAUAUUCUUUAGUUCAGAAAACUCCUGAAUAUGCCAUUUCUCCACCCGGACAUGAUAUGGAUUGGAAAAUUGCCCGUGACAAGACCAUGUACAUUCGCAUCGAUGGUGAUGUCGUCUAUUUGGAAGACCUAACCAUCCCAACAAUCGUCAAGACCAAACUUGACAAUCCUGAUUCAUUGUUUGUCUCUGCCAAUGUCGUGAAUGAAGCUGCUCUGGCUUCACUCCACAGUCACCCUGGUGUUGCUCUGCCAUACCUCCCGGAGCUGCACCAUGUCGAGCAGCCUUCCCGCUCCAAGUCGCAAUUAAGUCAAGAUUGGCGCGCCUCGAGUCUACCUCCUUGGGAGGGACCCGCAGAUUUCAGAGUUGAGAACGGAUUCAAGCCUCCUUUCCAGGGCCAUCGGUGGUUGCUGCCGAUCGAAGGUGGCUCAUAUCAUGACCCCAUUGCAUCCUCCGUUUAUACCAAAACCGGACCAGGCUUGAAAGAUUGGACUGUGUCUGCCCAGCAGCACUAUUCAUUCCUUCAUCACCUCGAAUACAAAGACUUGACACGAUAUAAGUUUCCCUUGUGGGUGAACCCAACUGAGCCUAUCAGCCAGAACUUUGGCUGCUUCUGGGGCCAGGAUUCCAAGCUCCUUCGUACCAUCUUUGAGCAUGAUUCUAUCGACAGUGAAGAACUUCUCAGGUCCUGGACUGCAUCAAACGGCACUCAUCCCAAUGUUGCUAUUGACGGAAAGGGACUGGUAUCACACUAUUCCGCAUCUUUGGGCACUGCUGGACUGGAUUCAACCGAUCUUUUGGAAAGAUACCGAGCAUAUGCCCAAGAAAUGGUCUGCCGCGAGAGAAUUUAG